GCCCUGUAAACACAGACACCUGAGUGUGACGUUAAAAUGUAUGUGAUAAGUAAGAAGAAGAGACUGCGUGGACCUCCUAAGCCUCUGGCGGGGACUCCUGACGGGACCGUGCACCCCGCUUUGAGCAGCCCUGCAGUCAGGCAGCCCAUCUCGCGCACACACAGCAGCUCAGCCUCCUCCCGCCAGGCCCCGCCUCCCUCGGAUGAAGCCGUGAGUUAAAGCAGAAAGCAGGGAGAUGGUAGUAAACUGUGUCAAACUCUGAGGCAGAGGGGGGCUGUUUAUCCACACUGCUGGGCUAAACUAUCACGUCAACUGUCGUGUUUUUCCCCAUGAAAAUAACGGAAGAGUGUCCGGCCGGGAGAAGAACCACUUUGACAUCCGCGUCCACCGGAGCGACUUUGAAAGUUGAAGCAAGUUUCCUUGGACGUUUUGUGGAGAGUGUGCACGCUGGGGCUUGAAGCUGACUUCCUGUAGACUGCUUUGAAGAGAGGAGAAAAUCGUGAAAAGCAAGAGAAAGGCCUGUUCGCCCAUCUUCCUCAUACUGGAAGCCUCGGAAUAAUUGGAAGAUGGCAAGAAGAUCCCCCAUUCCGUUGUUACUUCUUGCAAUAUGCUGCCUGGCAUCUGCAGGGCCAUUGUUUCGAAGCCCAUGUGAGCUGCUGCCAGUGGGGCUGGGUCACCCGGUGCAGGCGACGUUAAAGAGCUUCACCGCCCUGUCAGGCUGUGCAAGCAGAGGCACUGUCAGCCUCCCUCAGGAGGUCCACAUCGUCAACCUGAGAGGAUAUGCUCCAGACGGACCAGACACCUCAGUAGAAGUUGAGCUGCAUCUGAAACCCAUCCAGUCUUUGCAGCGCCACCAGAAGCCACUGGUCUUCGUGCUCAACUCCCCCCAGCCACUGAUCUGGAAGAUCAAGACAGAGAACCUGGCCCCGGGCAUUAAACAUACCUUUCAUGUAUCCGAGGGCUCAGAGGUUCAUUUUCAGCCAGGAAACUUCUCCCUCUCCUGCCAGAUCCUGAAGGAGACCCUUCCCCAUGGCAAUGAGCACCUCCUCAACUGGGCCCAGAAGAAGUACCGGGCAGUCACCUCUUUCUCUGAGCUCAGGAUGACUCAAGACAUCUACAUCAAAGUCGGAGAAGAUUCAGUGUUUUCUGACACCUGCAAGAUUGAUACCAAGUUCUUGUCUCUGAACUACCUGGGCGGCUACGUUGAGCCACAGAAAUCAAAGGGUUGCAUCUUGUCUGGACCCGACAAAGACCAAGAAGUCCACAUCAUUGAGCUUCAAGCACCGAACUCAAGCAGUGCUUUCCAGGUGGAUGUCAUAGUGGAGCUACGGCCUCUGGAGGACGGAUUCCCGCUGCAUCGUGACGUCGUCUUGCUGCUCAAGUGCGCCAAGUCAGUCAACUGGGUCAUCAAGGCCCACAAUGUGAUUGGCAAGCUGGAUGUAGUGGCCUCUGAUACCGUGAGCAUUAGUUCACUUACGGAGAGACUGGUGAAAGUAUCUAAAUCCCCCAAGCAGCACUUGCCUUCGGGGCCACAAGCCUUGAUCAAGUGGGCAGGAGAGCAUGGCUACAGUCCAGUCACAUCUUACACCAGCACUCCUGUGGCUAACCACUUCAAUAUCCGACUCAGAGAGCCAGAUGUGGUGGAUCCUCUGGAGAGCAUGUUUCCUCCAGAGCUCUCCAUCCUGCGUGACCCGAGUCCUCACCCAGGAGCAGGAACUGCUCCACGACGCCCCAGUCUGCCCUUUCCCUUACCUCCACCUAUACCUCUGUCCCCCUCCCUUGAAGACCGGCCCUGGGAACACGGGGAGACCGAGGAGCUGCAGGGUGCUCUGAAUGUGGGCCUCAGUGUGCAGUGUGAGGACACGAGGAUGGUGGUCAGCAUUGACAAAGACAGCCUGCAAGCGAAUGGGUUUACUCAUGCCAACCUCACGCUCCAAGACCCAGCCUGCAGAGCAACAGUAAAUGCCACCCACUACACACUGGAAACUUCUCUGACUGGCUGUCAGACCACCGUAUAUCCCAUGCAUGGUAGCCCAAUGUCCCUCCACAUCAACUAUGUUUUGAUAAGUCAUGCUGAGACUAAGGAUGGGAGUGGUGGCCCGCUGGAUUAUGAGGAUCUGGAAUCUGGAGACCUGGUGUUCCCAAGGGAACCGGUGGAGUUAGACAGGCCAUUUAUGGAGCCCACAGAGCAUCGGUCCAGCAUCGUGUUCAAUUGCACGUACAAAACGAAUGAGAAUAAGGAAAGCUCAGAAACGGUUCCCCGGAUUCUACCAGGACCAGAGAGGCAACCGGUCAAAAACAUGACGUUUAACAUGGAACUGUACAACACACUGCCGUUCAACAACCCUUCACGCCAGGCCUUCUACACAGUUUCACAAAAUCAGCAAGUCUUUGUGGAGGUCACUUCAACCGCAUCAGAACCGGAGCUGGGGUUCACCAUCAUAUCAUGCUUCAUUUCUCCCAACUCCAACCCUAGCGUGCUCUCACACUACACUCUCAUUGAGACAGUCUGCCCGACGGAUGACUCCAUCAAGUACUACCCUCAGAGGGACUUCCUUGUCCCUCACACACAGUCAGAGAAGAAAACGUUCAGCUUCACUUUCAACUCAAAGUUCAACAUGUCCCUGCUUUUCCUUCACUGUGAGAUGUCUCUGUGCUCAAAGAGAUCCCAGGGCAACCAGAGACUUCCGCUGUGCUUGCAACCUAGCCAGACCUGCGAUUCUCACAGUGUGGACAAUAUCCUGGCGAUGAUGAUGAACACCAAGACAUCUACCAAGCCGCUGGUUGUGGUGGAUGGACUCGGUGAAAAAAUACCCCCCACUACACAGGUUCCAUCUGAUGACACAGAAACACUGUAUGUGCUGGACACUCCGACAGUGGUGGGGAUCGCGUUUGCAGCCUUUGUGAUCGGGGCUCUGUUGACUGGAGCCCUGUGGUUCAUCUACUCACACACAGGUGAGACAGCUGGCACACAACAGAUCCAGAAGUCUCAGCCCGCCUCAGAGAACAGCAGCGCGGCCCACAGUAUCGGCAGCACGCAGAGCACACCCUGCUCCAGCAGCAGCACAGCGUAGCCCAGGAUACGACGCAGCGGGACGCAAAGCCUCGCCGUGGCACAGGAAGGUCCUGACGGUUCACAAGGACCGGUUUGUUCAUCUCCUUCCAUGAAAGGACUUAUUUUUGAGGGGAUGUGAUAGGACAGUAUGAAAAAAAAUAACAACUCAAUAACACCACUGGUCCUUAUGUAAAUUCCUUUUGUGACACUUGGGAGUGUAUGCAGACAAAUAUACUGUCCUUGUGUUAGUUAGUGAGUCCCAGCUUGGCAGCCUCACCUCAUACCUAGUACAGAAAAAAACUACAAGAAACAAAUGUGAGUAUAUACCAGGCAUUUCUUUCUAAUCCAAAUGCUGCUUUUUUCUGACCACAACACAGCCUUUAGUUUUGACCUUAAAUGGUGUGAUUUAGGCUCUUUGUAACAAGCAGGUGUACUCCAACAGCAAGGAAAGCAAUCAGGCUGCAGUGAUGUAAGUGAAAUGUUGAUGGCUGGACUGUAACACGUUACUUUUAAGACAUGCAACCCUGGAGGUGGCACAGGAGCAAAGCAACCACUAUUAACAUGCAGACAAAAGUGCAGUAUGAACGUAAGUCGUAGUCCUCACACACACAGAGAUAAUGGCUUUUAAAAGACAGUGUAGGUAUUGAAUGUAUACAGAAGAGUCAACGCCAAAAAAUGUGAAAGUAAAAUGUGAAAGACAUGCUGAUAAAAAGCCAUACGCACAGGUUGACAAAACAUAUUUUACCCAGGCUUUCUGUACAGUAGUUAUAGAAAUGCAUUUUGACAUUUUGAGUCUCAGUUUCAUUGAUGUUACACAACUUCACAGGGCCAUUACUGUCUGUCUUAUCCUAGUUAGUAGUAUAGUUUAACAUUUUUUGAAACAUGUUUAUUUGCUCUUUAUCUACAAGUCAGAAGAUAAGAUCAAUGUCUCUGUUGUGUCUGUGUGUUUGAUUCAGGAGGAGAAUGUCCUAGCUUAGCAUGAAGACUGGAAAUCUUUCAGCAUGUUUCAGAAAACUUUCCUGAAACCACAAAACACGAUACAGUGCAUCCAUUAGUAAGCGUCAAAGCUUUUAGCAUGUGUAUUUCAGAGUUCUGGACAAAGCCAUGUGGGAAGUGAAUAGCCUAGCUUAAGACAUUAAGACAGCUAGCCUGACUCUGUGUAAAGCUAAAGGAAAUACACCUGACAAGCUUUGGACACAGCCAGGCUAGCCUUAUGCUAAGCUAGGCUAAUCACCUCCUGCCUCCAGCUUCAUACUUAACAUACAGACAUCAGAGUGUUAUUACACUUCCCAAAAUGCCAAACUAUUCUUUAUUAUGUACAUUUUUGUAAAUAUUGUAAAUACUCAACAAUGUUAUGAGGCAGAGUGUGGAAAUUCUGUGUUUGUGCUUCUGGAUUGACCAGCGUGAGGUGCAAGUUUCCACUGUUUCUCAUUUAAUCAAGAAUUCCAGUAUGGAAUCACAUCUUAAAUCUAGGGUACAUUUUAAGGACAUGUUUUUAAAAUCAUGCUUUAGUAUAGUCGACAUAGUGUGGGUCUACUGUUGGAUCAUUUUUGAUUUAUUUGAUUACUUUCACAGUUAGUUGAUUAAUAAUUUACUCUAUAAAAUGCCAGAAAACAGUCCAACAUGAUUUAAAACAGAGAAAAGCAGCAAAUCCUCACAUUUCAAAAGAUAUACAGUAAAAAGAAUAUUUUACCUUGAUAAGUGACAAUAACAAUAACAAUGAUUACUCAUCUAUUAUUCAACGCAGUGUUUCAAUACUUCUUUACACUUUUAGCUGAUUGUCUUCUUAUCACAAAAGUAUCGGUGUUACACUAUGAAGCCAAAUGUACAGUUUCUGAGUAUUUUUUUGAUCCCAGUUCUUUUCGUAUAAAUCUUGGCACUGACAGUGUGUUGAAAAAGCUGCAGUUGAAGCUCAUUGUUAUGGACAUAUAUUUUCAUGUUUUCUUUUUUAAACUGCAACACCACAACUUCCCCACCGUCUGAGAUUGAUCUGAAUGUUUGCUGUAGUGCCUUCCUUUAACCUGUAUGUUUUUCUGUCAGACUGUGUGUGGGACUAACUGGGCCCUUGGAAUCACUCCCUGUAACCAUUUAACCCUAACAAGGAAAACAGAAUGUAUAUUAUCUCAAAGCUUAAAGACUUUUGGUUCUUAUGUACACAUGUAUAAAGCUUUCUACAGAGGGAACAGAGUAUAAAUAUAUAUAUUUGUUUAUAAAAUUAUAUUUUGGAAUAUAUUUACCAAGAGAAAUUUAUUGUCUAUUUUAAGUACUGUGAAUUAUGGAUGUGCUCAUAAAUAAUACAUUUAUUAAGAUUUAUUCAUAAAAAGCUUGUGGCAUCUUUUAUGACACCUAAUAAUAUAUUCAUAUGUGUAAAACAAAAUAAUUCAGAAUUUGGUUAAACACCCUGUUUGUUUAACUGACACAGAAAACAUUUUUAAAUACACAUUGUAAAAAUCCAGUAGCUGAUCAUGUUUAUUUACGUUUUUAACUUGAAUAUUUCAUUAGCUUAUUAAAGAAUGUGUCAUAAAACAUGUCAUGAGUUUGCAAUGAAUAUUAUAUAUAAAUGCUUUUCAAACAAACAUUACCUUCUUUAUACAUGGAAUACAACUCUUUGUGUUUAUUAUGUCAUAACAUUAUAGUUUGUCAUCUAAUAUUUGGUGGAAUUUUGGAAUUCCCCACUCUACUCAUUGUUGAAGAUGUUGCAGAUUGAUGACUUUGAUUUUGUUUAAAUAAUAUGUUCACUAACAUUUUAAUGUGGAGUAAAGGAAUCAGAUUUAAAAGUAAUAUAUCUCCUAUCAUUGAAGAUAAGCUGUAGCGAUGAAUAUUAAUCUAUAUCUUUAAUGUAGUGUUAGUAAAGUCAGCUCAAUGCUCGGGUGUUGUCACAACAAUGACGUUUAUCCCUUUAAAAUUAUUCAGAAAAUGAAAUGGAGGCUAACCACUGAUGCAGCAGUGAAACCAGAAUCGAAGUGGAAUGUAUAAUAAGUGUGUGUGGAGAAAAUGCAGCUCUGUUAUUUUGUUUCUGGAAACUCGACUGUUUUCAAUAACACUUGAGGAAUAUUUUUGUAUUGAGCUGUAUUAGAACCACUCGGUUUCAGGGCAACACUAGAACUUGUUUGUUUUAUCAGGCCCGUUGCCAGAUGUCUCCCUGCCAAAGCCCGGUCCAAACCUCUAUUCAGUAAAGAUCCCCGGUACAGCAAAUAUACAGCGGUGAUGUGUAAUGCACUGUUGCUGUUAGCACGCAUCACUAUCGUCAACAACAACAGCGUACACAGAAUACAGUGAGCCAAAGAGCUGCAGCUCGCAGCCUAUCAUCAGUGGUCAGUGUGGGAUUCAGGCUCUCUGACAUUCCUGUUGAGGUUUCUCUUAUCGACCAUGGUGGAUCCAUCAUGGUCUUCUUCUCCUCCCCCUUGUGUCGUGCUGUUAAGUGGCUGAGCCUCGAGUUAUGAUCUGGGACUAAUCUUCUCAUUUGAUAUAAUUUGGGGAUAUACUUCCACUCAAACUAACAAUACAAUCCACGAGAGUUGCUGUUCAAAUAUUAACAUUCCUUCCUGCCUUUGGCCCUAGUGCAUGCUGGGAAGAAAAGCUCAACCACUUCCCCCACUUGACCGUGAAUGUGGGUGUAAAGAUAUCAUGAUGUAAUAAUAAUGAUGCUGUAUCAGUCAAAAGGAGCCUGUGCUGAAGUAGAUUCAUCAUUAACGCUGAACUGAGAUCAGUUAGAAUCAGAGCGCAAAUCCAAAAAACUAGUUAUUGAUUGUAUUUUUUUUAACCAUUUGACUACCUCAUGUUUCUCUAUGAAUGUGUCAUUUGUGUAUUGUGUGUAUUGGUGUGUGUGUGUUUGAACUCUUAUGCUUGUAGAUUGAUGACUCUUAUGAUUUGGGGGCUCCGGCGUGGUUUUAUCGCAGUUUCACAUUUUUAUUUUCCAACCUCAAAGCAAACGAUGAAGAGUUUGAGCUUUCCCAUGAUGCCAAGAUUUUUUUUUUUUCCCCCAUUGUUAACAUGUAAAACUUUGAUUAUCCAUUAAUGUUUUCUUUUGGUUUUUUGAAACAUUUUAUAAGCUGUAAAUACGCAUGAUAUUUGUAUACCCAUUAUGUCCAAUAAAUUUUCAUAAUGAUUUACAA